CUCCACCCGCCUCUGGCAUCAGCUGUCUUCUUAUUUCGUUCCUAAGUCUUCGGUUACUUCUCCCGUCAGCCAUGAGGGUACAGAUCUUACUCUUCGCCAUCUUCUGCAUCGCCGUUCACGCCCAACCUUCGGAUCGCUAUGAAGCAUUGGGUGUCCUCCAACCAGACACUGCCAGCCUCGGACCACACGAGAAAUCUGUGGCGGCCACCAUCGAACUUCUACCGGAGAUCGCCGAAGUUUUAGAAGACGUCGCCAGCGAACAGAACUAUGACCCCAGCGAUGCCGGGUCAAUCAUGAGGCUGUCCACACUGGCCUUCCUCCCCAUCAGCAAGAAGGUUCUUCUCAAAACAGCAGAGGCGGAGGGUCGCAAGGUUAAUGUGGAGGACAUCUACAGCCUAAAUGCUGCCGAAGCUGUCAUGCCAUCCGUUGUGUCCUUCAUGGAGAGGCUCCAGGCUGCCGAAUUCUUUAAAAGGCGCAUUAACCCUUACAGGUCUGCCCCUGCUCCUACAUACCGUCAACCUGUCAAUGCUCAGGCAACUUACAUCCCACCAGUCCACAACAAUUAUCAACCAGUUGUAAAGUCUACCUACAGACCAGCUACCAAUUAAUGUGAAAAAAUUGGCAUCAGCCUUAAGGUUAUAUUAGCAUAUUAGUAGCGAUUCUCUUACAUGAUUCAGAGCUUGUUAUUUCCUUCUACUGCCAAGCGCUGGUAUUCUCUUCAUGUUUCUGUUCUCUUUCACUCAUACAGCUUCCAUCUUUUAUCAAGCGUGUUUUUAGCUUCUUUUUUUUAAAUCAGUCCAACUACCGGGCGGUGUCCCCCUUUCAUUUUUCUGUUUCCCCAGGGAGCAAUGGCUAAAUCAAGCCAUCAAGCUGCCAUUCAUUUACACUUUUCUAUUAUCAACAACAAGCUGGCAGCGAAUAUUUUAACUAAUCCCAGAUUGUGUUUGUUAAUAAUUCCUUCCUAGCGUAUCAGUGAACUUACCUCUCAUCGCUAAAAUGCUAACAAGUUUCAGAUGUUCAAUCAACACAGACGCAUCU